AUGGAGACGUUAAUGGAGGAAGAAGAAUACAACUGGAGAGAAGUUAAGCUGCCGGCGCUGAUACCAUUAGUCCAGGAGCCAGCAGAAUUGGAGAGGGAGAAUUGUGAAAGACGAAGGGGUCGUGACAUUUUGAUCGCAGUGGAUCAUGGGCCUAACAGCAAGCACGCCUUUGAUUGGGCAAUUGCCCAUUUCUGCCGCCUCGCCGACACCAUUCAUCUAGUUCACGCCGUCUCCAGCGUCCAGAACCAGAUUGUUUACGAGAUGACCCAGGCCCUUAUGGAGAAACUUUCCGUGGAGGCUUAUCAGGUCGCAAUGGUGAAAACUUUUGCAAGAAUUGUGGAAGGAGAUGCGGGUAAGGCAAUUGUUAGGGAAGCAGAAAGGCUGAAACCUGCUGCUGUUGUUAUGGGUACCAGGGGCAGAGGCAUAAUUCAAAGGUCUGUUCUUUCGUGGUUUGCUAUUCUACUAAACGAUGUUGUUCCUAGAACUCAUUUUCAAAGUGCAAUUUAUGCAAGGCCUAAAAUGACUUUGCUGGGUAUUUUGACCAGUGUAUUGCAGGGAAGCGUGAGCGAAUUCUGCUUUCACAACUGCAAAAUAGCGCCCAUUAUUAUUGUACCCGGUAAAGGUAAUGUGUCUAACCCUUCUGUAGUUGUUAUCAGUACUCGGGAUACAAUAGAUACUCUUGCUUAA